UUUCUUUUCUUUUCAGCAACCAUGAAGUUGAAGGAGAAAAAAUCAAGGCCAAAGCCGCCAAGCUAUGGCAAAUUUCAAACAAAGGGAAUCAAAGUUGUGGGAACAUGGAAGCAGGUGAAAAUUGACCCAAAUAUGUUUGCAGACGGACAGAUGGAUGACUUGGUGUGCUUUGAGGAGCUGACAGAUUACCGGUUGGUUUCUGCUGCCAAGAAUUCUUCCAGUCUCUUCUCGAAGGAGAAGCCCAAAAAGAGAAAGGCACAAGCUCUUUCAGAAGGAGAGGAGGAGGGAGAGUCUAGCUCCUCAAAGAAAAAGAUGAAGUUGAAGAAGAGUAAAGAUGUGGAAACGGAAGGAACCAGUACCCAGAAAGAGUUUAAGGUCAAAGAUGCUGAGCCAGAGGCCCAGGGAGAUGGCGCAGUUUGUCCUGAUCCAGAGGUAGGGGAGAUGGCGUCAGAAAGCCCAGCCCAGACUAUUCCAAAAAAGAAGAAAAAGAAAGAGAAAAAAAACUUGGAGCCUUCCCAAGGUACUACUCCAAAGCUGCCCAAAAAAGCGAAGACGUGGAUGCCUGAAAUGCAUGACCAGAAGGCAGACGUAUCAGCUUGGAAGGACCUGUUUGUACCCAAGCCAGUUCUCCGAGCACUCAGCUUCCUAGGCUUCUCUGCGCCUACACCAAUCCAAGCUCUGACCUUGGCACCUGCCAUCCGUGACAAACUGGACAUCCUUGGGGCUGCUGAGACAGGAAGUGGGAAAACUCUUGCCUUUGCCAUUCCCAUGAUUCAUUCAGUGCUGCAGUGGCAGGUGAAGAAACAGCCUACCCCAGCUCUAAGUAACACAGGACCGCCAUCUGGCGAGACCAGAACCGAGGCUGGAGCCGAGACUAGAUCACCAAACGGUGGUGGAACUGAGUCUGGAGCUUUGCCUGAUGAGAUUGGAAUUGAGAGUGAAGCGCUGCCCAGUGAGGCUGGAGCGAAGGCUAGAGCCAACACUGGAGCUACCAUCCCAGACCAGGUGCUGCCCCUCUGUGAUGAUGAUGCUGGGGAAGGACCUUCUUCCCUGAUCAGAGAGAAGCCUGUCCCCGAAUGGGAUGAAGACAAAGAGGACAAAGUUGGUGAAGAGCAGACUGGAAAGUUAAAACAAGAGUUGGGUGGCAAAAUUGCCACGUGUAAUGCACAUCCAAAGCAUCCUCUGCUUGGACUGGUUCUGACUCCCACUCGAGAGCUAGCCGUCCAGGUCAAACAACAUAUUGAUGCUGUGGCCAAGUUUACUGGAAUUAAAACUGCUAUUUUGGUUGGUGGAAUGUCCACACAGAAACAGCAGAGGAUGCUGAACCGCCAGCCUGAGAUUGUGAUCGCCACUCCUGGCCGGCUGUGGGAACUAGUUAAAGAAAAGCACCCUCAUUUGAGCAACCUUCGGCAGCUCAGGUGCCUGGUGGUCGAUGAGGCUGACCGGAUGGUUGAGAAAGGCCACUUUGCUGAGCUCUCACAACUGCUGGAGAUGCUCAGUGACUCUCAAUACAACCCAAAGAGACAGACGCUUGUUUUUUCUGCCACACUGACCCUGGUACAUCAAGCUCCUGCUCGAGUCCUUCACAAAAAGCACACUAAGAAAAUUGACAAAACUGCCAAACUUGACCUCCUCAUGCAGAAAAUUGGCAUGAGGGGCAAGCCCAAGGUCAUUGACCUCACAAGAAGUGAGGCCACGGUGGAGACACUGACAGAAACCAAGAUUCAUUGUGAGACAGAUGAGAAAGACUUAUAUCUGUACUACUUCCUGAUGCAGUAUCCAGGCCGCACCUUAGUGUUUGCCAACAGUAUCUCUUGCAUCAAACGCCUCUCUGGGCUUCUCAAAGUCCUGGAUGUCAUGCCACUGACCCUGCAUGCCUGCAUGCACCAGAAGCAGAGGCUCAGAAACCUGGAGCAGUUUGCCCGCCUGGAAGAUUGUGUUCUCCUGGCAACAGAUGUGGCAGCUCGGGGCCUGGAUAUUCCUAAAGUCCAGCAUGUCAUCCAUUACCAGGUUCCUCGCACCUCGGAGAUUUAUGUCCACCGAAGUGGUCGAACUGCUCGUGCUACCAGCGAAGGCCUCAGCCUGAUGUUGAUUGGGCCUGAGGACGUGAUCAACUUUAAGAAAAUUUAUAAAACCCUCAAGAAAGAUGAGGACAUCCCACUGUUCCCUGUGCAGACAAAGUACAUGGACGCAGUCAAGGAGCGGAUCCAUUUAGCUCGACAGAUUGAGAAAGCCGAGUAUCGGAACUUCCAGGCUUGUCUACACAACUCUUGGAUUGAGCAGGCAGCAGCUGCCCUUGAGAUUGAGCUGGAAGAAGAGAUGUAUAAGGGAGGAAAAGCUGACCAGCAAGAAGAACGUCGGAGGCAAAAGCAGAUGAAGGUCCUGAAGAAGGAGCUGCGCCAUUUACUCUCCCAGCCGUUGUUUCAAGAUGGCCUGAAAACCAAAUAUCCAACUCAGUCUGGCAGGCUGCCCGUGCUCGUGUCUGCUCCGAGAAAUGCUGAGUCUGCUUUGAGCUGCCUCUCCAAACAGAAGAGGAAGAAGCAGCAGCCAAAAGAGCAGCAGCAGAGACAGCUGCAGCCAAGUACAAGUGCAAGUUAACUGCCCCCAGGUCAGGGUCUUGGUGACCGCACGUCGUGUCUGUGUUCUCUCGUUAUAUGGAAAACCUUCCCACCUUUCACUUCACUCCACUCUCAACUCCAGUUAUAAAAAUUUCCCUCUCUUCCGUGCCACCCCCAUAGCGGGAGAGACCUCAUGCAGAUUUGUGUUGUUUUGGAGUAAGAAUUCUGUGCAGCAGCUUACAUAUUUCUCUGUUUCAGUGUUUACAGGCUUCUUGUAUGUUCAACUUGAUUUCCAGAAUUAAAAACAAUAGUCAGAA